CGGUGCAGAUUUAUUCGGUACCAUAACAAGUUCACAGCAGCAGUUGGUAGGAUGAGCGACGGUUGAGCAGGGUGUGCGUGCAGUGCUGUCAGUGUAUAUACAAAUUCGGGCCAGUGUCGACGACAACAAUUGACAAUUUGCAGCAGUCGCCGUGGGGGAUGCAGUUGCGACCGAGUGAGUGAGUUGGACGCAGAGACCAUCGCCGUUGACCAAGUGACACGGAGUAGGUGCCAGCAUGUCCAAGCUGACUCAUGAACUGUGCCUCAACCCCAAGCACGUCGGACUGUUGAGUGUCAAGGACGAGUUCGUCGAGGGCCUGAUCAGACAGGAGCCCAUCACCAGCGUGUACCACGUUGAGCAGGCUCCCUUCGCCAGGGGCAAGUUUGCGGCUGUGCGCAAAUGCACGCACAAGCAGACGGGCGUCGAGUAUGCGGCCAAGUUUAUCCGCAAGCGACGCAGAGCCAUGGACCACCAGCAGGACAUCAUGCACGAGGUGGCCGUGCUCAGGCUAGCGGGCGCCUAUUCCACCCUGGACGGAGCUCGCAUCGUUCGCCUCCACGAGGUCUACGAGACCCCCUCAGAAAUGGCCCUUGUUUUAGAAAUGGCCGCCGGUGGAGAACUGCAAUGGGUGCUGGACACAGGCGAGGAUGAGCAACUUUCAGAGCACCUUGUGGUCAAAUUCAUGAGACAAAUUUUGGAAGGGUUGUGUUUUCUGCAUGACCAUGACAUCGCCCACCUUGACCUUAAGCCGCAGAACAUAUUGCUCACGGGGAGGUUUCCUGAUUGCGACAUCAAACUUUGCGACUUUGGCAUUUCCAGGGUAAUCCAGCCAGGAAUGGAAGUCAGGGAAAUACUUGGCACGCCUGACUACGUAGCACCAGAAAUUCUAAAUUAUGAACCCAUUAGUCUAUCCACUGAUAUUUGGUCAGUGGGCGUGUUAGCAUACGUAUUGCUGACGGGCUUCUCGCCGUUCGGCGGCGACAACAAGCAGGAGACGUUCUGCAACAUAUCGCAGAACAACCUGAACUUCCAGGAUGAUUGCUUUGACAAUGUGUCGCCGGCCGCGCUGGAUUUCAUCAGAGCAACCUUAGUUGUGAAUCAAAAUGGUCGCCUAACAGCGAGAGAGUGCCUGGAGCACGCGUGGCUGCAGGGACCGCAGCCGUCGCCACCAGGGACGCCGCGAAAGACGUUUCCGCCCGUCGUGUCGGUAGUCAGCUGUCUGUCGUGUUCGCAGUGCAGCAGCAGCGCUCAGUGCCACUGCGCAGACAAACUCGGAUCGCCGCUUCUGCUCGAGCGCAGCAUCAUCUGCUGACAGACAGCCCCAGACGCCGGAGGACGAGACACCGAGCGCAAGAAGCAGAGAUCAACAACUCUAUCUUCCUGUCUAAAGUGUCUCAACGCCUUCGCCCUGCUGCGUUCGUGUUGGCGCGCGCCCAAGGCGAUGCCAAAGAGUACGAGCCGGACGAGCCUGAAAAGCAGGGAGUCGUCUGAUGAGGGGCCAACCAUCACUUGAACCGAAUCAAAUUGUGCCUGUACAUAAGAAUUAGUUGUUGUAAACGAAGUGCGCUCAUUUCGGUGACCGCGGAACGCGUGCUCUUCACUGUCGCCGAUCCAUGAAGGAUGUAAUAUUUUUUUAAGAUUAAUAUUCCGUAUCAAAUAAAAGGAGCGAAAUAGUGGAAACAA